CUUUUGUUGGACGCGUUCAUGUCCGACCAACCUUUGCUCUUCAAACGACGAUCGAAGCCGGCUGCACGAGUACGCGCCUCUUCUCCAGAGACAGAGACGACAAUCAACGACAACGAUACCACUGCGAAUGAGUCACCAAGCACUCUAGCUACUCGUCUCAAAACCAAGGCCAAACGCGCUUCUCGGCCAAAGGCCCGUCUUAGCUUCGGUGGUGACUCUGACGAGGAGGGGAGCAGUAGUGAUGUGUUCAAGGUAAAAAAGUCAAAUCUCAGCCAGCGCUUGACCUUGGGCACACAUCCCGCGUUAGCAAAGAGUGGCGAAGCAUCUUCCAAUCGCGGUCCCACAUACGACCAGGCCUACCUGAAUGAACUCAAAGCCAACACCCCUUCUUCGCGGCCAGAGCCCGUCAUUCCUACGGAUGGCUACGAUGCGGACAUGUCCAUGGACGUCGAUAUGUCCGCAGACAUAUCUAUGCAAGACGACCCAGCAGUCUACAUCCAUUCCGAGUCAUCCAUCAAGCAGGCCAAGGAGCGACGCGGCUUAUUACGCAAGACAGGCGUGCCUUCUCAAGAUGACUUCAUCUCGUUGUCUGUCGUCAAACGGUCAGACGAAGACCAAGGCCCACAUCCAGAGAGCCGAUUGGUCAGAGAAGAGGAUGAACUCGGGGAGGGCGAUGACGAGUUUGCGGAGUAUACCAGUGCACAAGAGCGGAUAGCACUGGGUAAAAAGUCACGAAAGCUUGAGGCUAGCAAACGGAGAGAUGAGAUGAAAGAGCUUAUUGCUGACGCCGAAGAGGUCGAUGAAGAAACGGAGGAAUGGGAGCAAGAACAGAUUCGUCGCGCUGGUCAUGCCUCGUUUGGACCUCCAGCGAAGAAAGCGCAGGAAAUAUAUAAGCCUACACCAAUUCCGCCUGCGACACCUUUGCCAACACUAGCGCCGGCAGUUGCCCGCUUAGCACAGCAACUCGCACAACUGACCGCAUCACACGCGUCGAAUACUGCGACCUUGACGAGCCUUGCUCAAGAGCGGCUGGAAGUAGAUGAACGCGAGAAGGAAAUGCGUCAAAUGGUGGAGAAGGCUGAAAUCAAGCGUGCUUGGUUUGGUGAAUUUCGAGAAUGGGUGGAAGGUGUGGCCGCUUUUCUAGACGAAAAGUAUCCUCGCUUGGAAAAACUUGAAGACGAACACAUUUCUCUCUUGAAGGAGCGACACGAUAUGAUCAAGCAACGGCGUCAAGCUGACGACGAAGACGAUCUAUGUACAUUCCUUGGGAUUACACAGCCACCAGCCGAAGAAGAGACAGACGAUCUUGGCCGAGUUAUUCCAAAGCCAACUCCUGCUUCUCGACGGGCAGCACGACUUGCACGGCAUAGACGUCACCAUCCCAACGAAGAUGAAGAGGGAUACUCAACCGAUGCUUCACUAGCUGCUGACGACAAACAGUCAUAUUCUAACGCAAUCACAUCACUCACUGAACGUACCGGCAAAAUACUGUCUGAUGUUCGAGCAGAGGAGUUUCACGAUCCAGGAAAAGGCCGGUGGUCUGACUGGCGUGAGCAAUAUGCAGAAAGCUAUGUCGGGGCAUGGGGGGGUUUGGGUGUGGUGAGCGUUUGGGAGUUCUGGGUCCGCCUCGAAAUGAUUGGAUGGGACAUAAUCAAGGACCCCCGCAGUCUUGAUAGUUUCGAGUGGUACAACAGGCUAUAUGCAUACUCAAGACCAAACGGAGAAGAUCUCGGACCUGAUGGCGACUUGGUCGCGUCGAUGAUUUCUACCGCUGUCAUACCCCGGAUUUGCAAACUUUUAGAGGGCGGUAGUUUGGACGUGUACUCGGAUGCGGAGAUCAGACGUGUUGUCGAUCUCGUAGAAGAAUUGGAAGCUAGCGUUGAACCUGGUAACGCGAAGUUCCUGGUAUUGCUCCAAACAGUCUAUAAAUCAUUCCAAACGGCAAUAUCUGAGGUUGAUGAGUUGGUUUCAACAAGCAAAGCUCGAUCGGCAGGUGUUGGCGCGGCACCGUUUGACCCGGCUUCGAUUCCUGCCCGAACACGAUACCUAAAUAGGAGGAUAAAGUUGUUGAGAAAUCUGGUCCGGUGGAGAAAAUACUCAGGAGCGAAGCGGUUUGGAAUAGAGGAAACGGUACAGAAACUGGCAAACACGAUACGCGAGUUGGCUGAAGGUGCUUGGGAUGGUGGUCAAUCCUAUAUGGAGCAAGUUCGUAGCAUCGUUGUAUAA